CUGGGACGAAGAAGAUCAGUCAGACUUCUACAGGGUAUUCCUUCAGCACCCUUGGGCUCUGAAUAACUUGUCAGAUCUAUGUUCCUGUGAGAUAAUAGAAGACAAGGAUAUGGCGGCAAUUCUUGGACGGAUGACAGGAUUAAGGCAGUUAGACCUCCCUUAUGGUAGAUUCGAUCAGCUCUCUUUGCAGGAGUUGCUAGCUAACAGGCAAGAAGUGAUGAAUAAUGGACAGCUAGUACAGAAGACAAGGCUUUGGAGGCUCUGUGAGACAGUUGAGACGUUAGUGCUCGGUGGAGAUAGCAGUGUUGCUCAGGCUAUUUUAUCAAAUUGUCCACGGCUGAAAAGACUAGAAGGACCUAAAACUACAGUAUCAGAGAUUGUCAAUGGAGCAGAAUGGGUUUGUAGUGGAUUGACUCGCUUGAGUAUCACUCUUGAGGCAGAUAUUGAUGAAGAGACUGAAGAAGGGAUGGCAAAGACACGUAUUGCGUUUAAGCAGCUUGGCAAGCUGAUCCGACUAGAAUAUCUUGACCUAACAUUGUACUCAAAGUAUAGAGGCGGACGGACACUGGAUUUGAGACUACGAACGGGCCUGAAUGAACUAGCCAAUCUGAAGAGACUAGAAACGCUAAAGGUUGAAGGUGAUGAUCAGCAGCGAAUGCAGCUUGAGGAUGCGACAUGGAUGGUGAACAAUUGGCCAAGGAUUAGAGGCGUGCAUGGUGUUCUGAACGGCGAGGAAGAUGCAGCUGCUUUGCUGGAAGAGUUCUUUGAAUCGCAUGACAUAUGCAUUUACUGAUAUACUGAUAGAUAAUAGAAGAAUAGGAGGGCGUUAUCACAUUAUACCUUGAUAUAGAGACAGAGAUCUUACACAUGGACCUUUUAGUGCAUACAUAUAUCCUGAUAGCUGCUAUUCGAUCUAAAUAAUGAUAAGAGCCACCACAGCAGUAAAAAUAUAUAGAUCCAAGGCAUUACCGUUGCAGAAACUAUCCAAAGUGCAGCCUAAAAGGAGAGGG